AUGGCCCAACACACUAUGUACGCAACACCGGGAAACACUCCCAUAAUCCACCGGCAAAGGGCACCGUCAGCGCCUCGGGCAUACGGCCUCAAUGACAAUCGCCAACUUGUACUGGGCUCAAUAGAUUUUGAACCCCGACACCACUACCACGGACUUCCAUCUCCUCUGGACAACCAUGGACCUAUGAUGAAUCCGCCUCUGGGGCGGUUAUCCUACCCCCCAGCUGGCCAGCCAAUGCUCCACGUGCCCGUGUACCCGGAAUGGAACCGCCCCCAGAUGCCCAGGGAGCCAAUACGACAUGAUGUUAGGCCAUUUACUUCCUCGGAAAGCCCGGAAUACAUCGUGGAAAGAAACAGCCUGCGAGCUGCCGAUGCAACCCGCGGAAAUCCGCAAUACGUUUCCCAGAGACGGACUUCCAACCGGGAUGAAUUUGAUGGCCCUCAUCAGAUUCUGGAUCCACCUGCCUCACGGAGCCUCUCAUCUCGAGAGGAGGAGCUGCCCCAGCUCCCUACUAAUCUCGAUGCCUCAGAGCAAGACAGAAUUCUACACCAAGUCAACGACCGCCUCUCCCAGUGUGGCUAUGAUUUCUUUGCCAGAUACCAAUUCCCCAUCCCCUUGGAACAGGACAAGAGGCCAGUUCAGGUCCCCUCGGACCGCGAGUGGAACGAGUGGGUGCACCUCUUAAAGAGACUAGCAACUCGCCGCCGCAUCCCCCGCCACGCACUGCACAACGGCCAAAUCAAGCAACUGAUCACUGUCCUGGAAAACUCCCUGGAAAUGCGUCACGCUGCCAAGCAUAGCUCCCGGCCUGUCAAGGAUGAUCGUAAUGUGCUCCAGCUCAUUUCCGCAGGAACGCAAGUCGCGAAGAUCCUCAAGGACUCCGAUGCAAUGCAAUUCUUCGACCGUCUUUAUGUUGACACCGAGAAAAUGAUCAAUGAACGACGCCGCCGCGUCAGAUUCGCAAAUACUUGA